AAUAAAACCCAAAAAUGGCGUAUACAUGAAAAAGUUGGUUCUUCAUCUUAAUUUGAGUUGUAAGUUACAAUCAGUUGGGAAAAAGGAAAAAGUGGUUUACCAAUUAGAAAGUGAAGACAAAGGCAAAAAGCCUAUUACCCCCAGCCAAGCAGAAGAAAGAAUCAGGGGUAGUUUUGACUUUUGAUAUUUAGCCCAUUAUCUCUCUCACUCGCAUAAGAAGUAUGGGGCCAGGAGAAUCGGGACCCUUCCCUUUUCUCUUGUCUCUUCCUCGUUCCUUUCUCUGUUUUAUGCUGUCAAAAUAUCAUCUGAGAGUGGUAUAAUUAGCAGGAAUCGCGAUAAUAAUAUUGAGAGGUGAUUAAAAGGCGUUUUCUGAGAUUAGAAAUAUGAGUAGUGUAGUUAGGUCUCAAGGAAGCUGCGUGGCGAUCAGCUCUCUCUCUCCUUCCUCUUCCAUCAACCGUUGCCCCCACGCCUCUGCUGCCUCAGAUGCUGCAACGUCUGGGACGCCUGCUUGGAUUGGCAAGGGCCUUACUUGUGUUUGUUUCAAGCGAAAGGGAGCUUAUGAACGGAUCUGCAUUAACUUGACACCCCAACAGGAAGAAAGAUUGAAGAGGUUGAAGCACCGGACGAAGGUUUACUUUGAUGCUUCCAGGCCUGAUCACCAGGAAGCCCUUAGAGCACUAUGGUCUGCUACAUACCCUGGAAAGGAGCUUCAUGGCUUGAUAUCUGAUCAGUGGAAAGAAAUGGGAUGGCAGGGAAGGGAUCCAUCUACUGAUUUCAGAGGUGCUGGAUUCAUUUCUUUGGAGAACCUGUUAUUCUUUGCCAAGACAUUCUCGACAUCAUUUCAACGUUUAUUAAAAAAGCAGGGAGGAAAGCGAGCUGCAUGGGAGUAUCCAUUUGCCGUUGCUGGUGUAAAUAUCACAUUCAUGAUCAUACAAAUGCUUGACCUUGAUGCGACAAAACCUAGGACAUUUAUCAGAUCAGUUUUCUUGCAGAUGUUAUCAGAAAAUGAAUGGGCCUUUGACUUGCUUUACUGCAUGGCUUUCGUUGUUAUGGACAAGCAAUGGCUGGAGAGAAAUGCCACUUAUAUGGAGUUCAAUGAUAUUUUAAAAUCAACCAGGGCUCAGCUGGAGGGAGAACUUUUAAUGGAUGAUGUGCUACGGAUUGAAGACAUGCCUUCUUAUAGCCUUCUCUGUUAGCGAUAACCAAACUGUAAUCAAGCAGAAGUCCCCAAAUACUACUAGUUCAGUCCCAUUGUAUAUUUAUUUUUAACGUUAAAAAAGUUGUACAAUCCCCUCUUCUGUCCCUCUUUUUCUGGUAAAUGAAUCCAUAAUAUGCUCAUCUUUUUUAUACACGUUACUUCUCCUUUGAUGGAUUCACCAACACUCUGAACCCCAACAGUUGAAAAUUUGUAAUCGAAAUUGUUUGGUUUUGAGUUUGAGAGGUUCCAUUAUAAAAACUCAAAAGGUAGAUAUUAUUUGAUUCUAAUAUAUGCAAAGCGUAACGCUGCAUUUA